GACAACAACAACUCGUCCAGAGAGCGAGAGAGCGGCGAGCGGCGGCGGCAGCCAGCACUUCCCAGCUCAUUUUCUCUCUGUCAUUCCCCUCUCAAUCUUUGAUCAAUGUACUUGCCAGAGAGCACCGAAGUCCUUCAAACCUCCUCCUUUUCACCUUCGUCUUUAACGUGGUGCUAGAGCAAGGACCACAAAAAGAAACUGCCCUCCCCCUCCCCUCGGCCCCAGCCCCGCCGCCCGGAGCGGACUUCUCCUCCUCCUCCUCCUCCUCCUCCGUCCCCACUUGCGGGACACUUUGUGCGUUUCUCUCUCUCACUCUGCCCCCUGCUCUCUCGCUCGCCGCAGCACUCGAUCCGGGGUUGUUCCCCCCUUCUUCUCCCCCCUCCUCCCUUCUCCUCUCCUCUUUUUUUCGACACAUAUUUCUUUUAAUUUCCCCCUUUUCCCCUGCGUGUGUGUGUGGGAACUUUCCCCCCUCCCCCUGCCCCCUCCGCCGUAUAUGUGACCAUGGCCGUACCGGCUGCUUUGAUCCCUCCGACCCAGCUGGUCCCCCCUCAGCCUCCGGUCUCAACUUCUGCCGCCUGCACCACCACCACCACCACCUCCUCGUCGGCCACCUCCUCUCCGUCUCCGUCCAUCGCUCCCCCGCCGGCCGCCUCGGGGACAAACCUAUUCCGGCCGGAGCCCAUCGCAGCGGCGGCGGCGGCGGCGGCGGCGGCCACAGUCACCUCCACCACCACCGGCGGCGGCAGCGGCGGCAGCGGCGGCGGCAGCCCCAGCCUGGGCAGCGGCGGCGGCGGCGGCGGCGGCGGCAGCAGCGGCGGCGGCGGCGGCGGCACCUCCACUCCCAGCGCCAGCGCGGCCGGGGCGGCCGGCAGCCUGCCCGGCAAGCCGGUGUACUCGACGCCGUCCCCGGUGGAGAACACCCCCCAGAAUAACGAGUGCAAGAUGGUGGAUCUGAGAGGGGCCAAAGUGGCCUCCUUCACCGUGGAGGGCUGCGAGCUCAUCUGCCUGCCCCAGGCUUUCGACCUCUUCCUGAAGCACUUGGUGGGGGGCUUGCACACGGUCUACACCAAGCUGAAGCGCCUGGAGAUCACGCCCGUGGUGUGCAACGUGGAGCAGGUCCGCAUCCUGAGGGGGCUGGGGGCCAUCCAGCCCGGCGUCAACCGCUGCAAACUCAUCUCCAGGAAGGAUUUCGAGACCCUCUACAACGACUGCACCAACGCCAGUUCUAGACCUGGAAGGCCUCCUAAGAGGACUCAAAGUGUCACCUCCCCAGAGAAUUCGCAUAUCAUGCCACAUUCUGUCCCAGGCCUCAUGUCUCCUGGAAUCAUCCCGCCAACAGGCCUGACAGCAGCAGCUGCAGCAGCAGCAGCUGCCACCAAUGCCGCCAUAGCAGAAGCAAUGAAAGUGAAAAAAAUUAAAUUGGAAGCUAUGUCCAACUAUCAUGCAAAUAAUAACCAGCAUGGAGCAGACUCUGAAAAUGGAGAUCUGAAUUCAAGCGUUGGGAGCAGUGAUGGUUCUUGGGAUAAAGAAAAACUUCAGUCUCCCCCCACCCAAGGAUCACAGGCCUCUGUUAACCACCCCAACUUGCCUGGACAGCAUAAUCUUCCAGUUAGCCAUCCUCUCAACCCUCUGCAACAGAACCACCUUCGGCCAAAUGGACUGGAACUUCCUUUUAUGAUGAUGCCCCACCCACUCAUCCCUGUCAGCCUACCUCCAGCGUCUGUCACGAUGGCAAUGAGCCAGAUGAAUCACCUGAGUACCAUUGCCAACAUGGCGGCAGCAGCACAAGUGCAGAGUCCACCAUCCCGAGUGGAGACAUCUGUUAUUAAGGAACGUGUUCCAGACAGCCCUUCUCCUGCUCCUUCUCUUGAAGAGGGCCGAAGACCUGGCAGCCAUCCAUCAUCUCAUCGAAGCAGCAGUGUGUCCAGCUCUCCUGCACGGACUGAGAGCUCUUCAGACAGAAUCCCAGCUGUCCAUCAGAAUGGGCUAUCUAUGAACCAAAUGCUGAUGGGUUUGUCACCUAAUGUCCUUCCUGGCCCUAAAGAGGGUGAUCUGGCUGGUCAUGAUGUGGGACAUGAGACAAAAAGAAUACACAUUGACAAAGAUGAGACCCCGCUCUCCACACCAACCGCAAGAGACAGCCUUGAAAAACUUUCUCUAACUGGGCAUGGGCAACCACUACCUCCAGGUUUUCCAUCUCCUUUUCUAUUCCCUGAUGGAUUGUCCUCCAUAGAGACCCUUCUGACUAACAUCCAGGGUCUACUAAAGGUUGCUAUAGACAACGCCAGAGCUCAAGAGAAACAGGUCCAACUGGAAAAGACAGAGCUGAAGAUGGAGCUCUUCAGGGAACGAGAGCUGAGGGAAACACUUGAAAAACAGUUGGCUGUGGAGCAGAAGAACAGAGCAAUAAUUCAGAAAAGGUUAAAGAAGGAAAAGAAGGCAAAGAGGAAAUUGCAGGAAGCACUUGAAUUUGAGACUAAGCGACGGGAGCAAGCAGAACAGACCCUGAAACAGGCAGCUUCAACGGAUAGUCUCAGGGUCCUAAAUGACUCUCUGACCCCAGAGAUAGAAGCUGACCGCAGCGGGGGCAGAACAGAUGCUGAAAGGACAAUACAAGGUUCACUAGAUGCCUAUGCCUAGCUCCCAAUCCGGUUUCCCAAGACCCCCUCAUCCCACACAAAAAGAUGGAAGACUUUAUUUGAAAACUACUGUCAUGUAUUGAAUUUUUCCUGCUGAAGAUACCUGUGCUACGGUAAAGAACUUUGCAGUAAGACAUUCACUCAAAAGGAGUUCUGUGGAAAGAAAACGUUUUCAAGGCAACUUCCUCAACUUCAUGUAUCAAUAUUCUUCAAAACUUUAAAGAAUUCUGCAAGAGUGUCCUCCUUUGUUUAUCUCCUGUGGCUCAAUCCAGAGACCUAGAGAAUGUUUGUAAAUGUACAGUCGCACUCUUCUUACAGUGAAAGUCUGCGUCUCUGCGCCGGACUAUUGUAUCCAAAAUUACAGGUGGAUCAGAACAAGGCUGAGUAUUCCCUUUUUAAAGGAAUGCAGACUCUGUCCUCCUCUGAGGAGUCUAUAUUUGAGCACAUCAAAUGAUCCUUCCAGCGGUGUCCAAGUGCACUGAUAGACUGUUAUGUCAUACCGAAACCAGCAAGACAGCUCAGAAAUGACCUGGUAGAGGGCAUAAAAGGAUUCUUAAAAAAAAAAAAAAAGAAAAAGAAAAGAAAAGAAAAAAAUUGAUACAUUCAGUUUUCAAACUAUGAUCAUGGGUUUUCUUCUAAAGACCUUUUUUUCCACAUGCUUUCCAAGAGACCAACACAUGGAUGUUAGACUACAUUAAGUGAAAUGGAAUUUUGUGUAAGUGAAAAGAAACGCUGAAUGUAAACAAACUGUUUUACUGUUCACAAAAUCUCUUUUCCUAAAAUAAAAAAAUACAAUAAAAAGAGUAAUAAUUUCUCAUUGUAAACUGGCAGGGGUUUAUGAAAUAAAAGACUUUGCUUAUUCAAACUGUUGGUCACAUGUACAGUAUAUAACACAAAUCACACAAGGAAGGUAUUAUGUAUGCAGUAGAAAUCUAGAGUUUAGGAAAUGAAAAUUUUAGAUAAUAUUGUUUUGUCACCCUGUUGGUCAGAAAGACACCUUUCUAGUUUUAACGCAUGCAGGCAUGUAAAUAUUUGUCCUGGAGUCACAGUAUUACUGAAUGAGAUCUUAAGCAUCUGGUAACAAGUCGGAAUUCUGUAGCAGCCACUUUUAUUUGUAUAUUGAGCCCUGGUUAGUGCCCUGGUUAGUGCACUUUUAAGAAUGGACUGUGGCUGAGCAGUGAGUCAAAAUGCCAGAAAUAUUUUUAUAUGUUAAUGUCAUAUUACGUCAAUGUUGCUAAAAAAAGAAAACCUAACAAACACUUGAUGUAUCAGUCCAAUUCCACAUAGAACUGAGUGAUAGAGUUGAAGUCUAUUGUCCCUCCCACCUUGUCUUGGGGAUGGGUGGUUAUGUGUUACUUUCACUGUCUUUAUGAAAGCUACAAUAUGUGUUUUCACCUUUGUGCUGAUAACUGGAAGUAAGCUGCAACACAGUGCUUAUUACAUUACUAAAGGGUUAUGUUCUUUGCUUUGCGUACUUUUGGGUUACCCCUUUAAAGACUGAUUUUGUGAAUCAGUGCUAUUACUGUAAGUUUUGUGAUUAUGCUUUCUUCAUCUUUAAUGUUUUAUGCAUAUAAAAUAUUAUUUAUUACAUGGAAACAUAUCAAAACGUUAAAUGUCUAAGAUGCCUAACUUAAAGCAAAUAUUUCUUUAAAAAUAGUUCUGAUUGGAUAUUAAUAUUAUUUUGUCAAAAAAAAAUCUAAUGUUUUGUAAACUCUAGCACUGAGCUUCUAUAGUUUGUAGGUCUUCCUUGCAAUACUGGUACACACUUAUUUUGUGCAGUUCAUAUUUACGCCACCACAAUCCUUUUUUAACAAUAGAGAAGAUGUAUAUACAAGUUCACGUCAUGGUAAUUUUUUUUAAAGAAAUAUUGAGCAAUAUUUUUCAUUAAAUAUUGUUACCUAAUACUUUGUAGUGACAUUAUUUUCUAAUCAUGAUUCAUUCGUAACUUUCAUAGUUGCUUGAACACAUAUGGGAUUCUGUACUCCAGUUUUUUCAUAUGCAGUCUUUAAAGGGUUAACAACUGUAAAGUUAGAUGGACUUGUGGCAAGCUUUUAAAUCAUUCAUAUCCGAAAGAGAAUUAAAAGCCUACAACUGAAAUAUGUAGUAGCAUCUACCAUUGCUCUGCUCCUUGCAUAGAGUCACCUGUAAGUAGGUUUAGUAGUUUUACAGUACAUACGUUCAAGACCUUUGGGAAUGCCUCAGUGUUUGGCUUGGUACAUAAAUGGAAAUGUUAAGGAUUAAGGGGGAACCAAUUUGUAAGCUGGAUGUUUAGAAAGAAUCUUGCUAAAACAGUGUAAAUAUUACAGACCAUGAGAUGUUACCGUAAGUUGAAUUUUUGCCCCUCUUUAGUUAUACAGGUUUUUGGUUGUUAUUUUUUUUUGGUUUUUGAUUUGGAUUUUUUUUUUUUUUGCAUAGAUUAUGAAGAAAAGUUGUGCUCAUGUUAUUGUUUAUAUGCUUUUGUAAUCUUAAAGAUAUUAAUGUCUAGUUGUUCUAUAUUAUAACCACAUUUGCGCUCUAUGCAAGCCCUUGGAACAGAACAUACUCAUCUUCAUGUAGGACCUAUGAAAAUUGUCUAUUUUUAUCUAUAUAUUUAAAGUUUUCUAAAAAUGAAAAAGGUUAUUACGAAUUUUGUUGUACAAAAUCUGUACAAAAAUCUGUUUUUACAUCAUAAUGCAAGAAUUGGAAAUUUUUCUAUGGUAGCCUAGUUAUUUGAGCCUGGUUUCAAUGUGAGAACCACGUUUACUGUUAUUGUAUUUAAUUCUCUUUUCUUUUCAACAAUCUGCUAAUAAAACUGUCUGAAAUCUC